CUUGAUCCAAUAGAAUUACUCGCGUAAAACAAGAUACUCGGUAUUCUGAAUGAAUGCGAUCAUUCGGUGAAGCACGGGAAAGCAGAGCAGUACAUUGUUCAUGGCUAUCAUACAGUCGUCGGGUAUUAACACUAACAUUAAACUCCAGUUCUCGGAUAUGGGCGGCAGGCGGUAAAUGAAGCUUUCGCGUCGCGAUGACAUCAGCCACACGUGGCCGGGUUGAAUGGACAUUGCGGGCUGCGAUAGAAGGUCCGAUGAGGAUCUCGCUCCCGUGACCGGCGCUCGCAGGGAACUCACGAGUGGCCUCCCCUCCAUCCACAGUGCGAGCACUGCGGGUCGCGUGCCGUCGGCCCAGUCUGCGCAUCAGAGCAGGCCUGGCCGGCAAGGGUAAUGUCCGCGUGCGUCUGGAUGGCGGAGCGAUUAGGGGUGACUGGACAGCACAUUGGGAGGUGUAGAUAGUGGGAUUGUGGGAGUGCUGAUUUUCACCGGUCUUGGGAGCUCACUGGAUAAACCGGCUGGCCUUAAAUACAGGUUUGCCGGUUGUGAGCUUUUUUGUCCUGCACGUGUGACCGUCCCAUAAAUGCGCGCCGGGACAAAGGGGCGUCCGACAGUGCUCCGACAGUCCAUCCGCUCGGAUGGAAAGUGCGUCAUCCGCGGACCCAUUGUUCGCCAUAGCCUGGCCAGAGACAAAGAAAAGUUUGGUGUACCCGGUGGCUGUUCGGGUGCCUGGAAUGCAAUGGCCCUUCCAUGUGCAUUGUCAAAGCUUGAAAAAGAACACGUGCAUAACACGUGGCUGAUAGACGCCCUGCCUUCCAUCUCGCGCGUCGAAAUGAAACUCAUGGUGUGUUAUCCACUGGACAUCCUGAGAACGAGGUUGAGCUUCGACUGAACGCCGGAAGGGUCUGUCCAGUGUCUUUGUGCAGGAUAACUCCCACGUGACCACCGCGUGAGAUGCGGUCACUGUGACCCCUCGCGUUCUCUGUUUGAUCGUCCACCCACGGUCGGAGGCAGAUUCUGACAUGGACAUCUCGUCAGACGCAGAUUCUCUCCGUCCCAGCAAGCGUCGCCGCGGUCCAGGGUACCAGUCCGAAUGUCCGCUCAACCGCCCAUCCAUGGACAAGCACCUGUGGCUCCCCGACGGCGACAUCGUUCUGCGCGUGGAGGGGUGCGGUAUGAGAGUCCACCGGAGAAUAUUGCGGUGCUCAUCCGUCUUUGGCGACAUGUUCUCCCUGCCCCAGCCCAGCCACCUGGAUGUGGAGCAAGUCGACGGAUGCGCGAGCGUAACGUUAGCAGGCGACAAGGUGCACGAUUGGGACGUAGCGCUGAAGUGGCUGUAUGAAAAAGAGUGCGUGUGCCCGGCUCCACUCACCUUCUGCGGCUCGCUCACGGAUCCUCCCUCCAAUAAUCUCGUACUCAGCGCGUUCCUAGCCCAGAUUGUGACGUUCGACACGAUCGCUGGCGCGCUGCGACUUGGCACCAAGUACGAUAUGGAAGAGCUACGAGGAUGGGCGAUAGCCCAGCUUCUCUUACGUUGGCCCGAAGACGUGGCCGAAAUGCGUCUCACGUCUCUGCCCCACGCAGCGGAAGCCAUCGCGCUCGCGAGGGAAUGCUCCGUGGCACGCAUCCUGCCGGCCGCGUUCUACGCGCUCUCUGUGCAGAAGUUCUCCACCUUGGCAGACGGCGGCCGCUCGCACUGCGUGCUCUCGCCGCCCGAUCUGCGGCGUCUGCUAGCGGGCCGGGAAGCUCUGCAGGAUGUGCUUCUGCGCAUCCUUAUCGAGCCGUUGACGGAGCCUGGCUGCCCAGCUUCGGAUAACUCCUCCUGCUGCCAAUGCGCUGCCCGUCGAUCGCAGUACAUAAGAGCGAAGUUUGCUCCUGAGGCGUGCGCCAAGGCACCCUGGGGACCCUGGCUCGUUCGGGAACUGGAAGGGAUGGUGAAAGACGAUGUGUUCCUCCGCAGUCUUUGUUCUGAUUGUGUGCAUGCGCACUUGACCACUGCGCGGUGGCGUUUAGGAAGGCUCAGAUGCGACAUGGCGGCUUUCUUUUUGCUCUGAUGAUUCUCUGGUUGAAGGAUUUCCUGUUAGAGCGCACUUGCAGAAACUCAUGAAAUACUUAUCGGCAGGAACCCUGUGUUGGAGAUGGGGCUGCCUCUUUCCG